CAAAACCACCUUGCAUCGAACUUUUAAGAAACGGUGGCUCUUUCAUUCGUUAUUAACAAACUAGCGCUACAAGUUUGACAGCAUCUUCAACCAUUGCGCUGAUCGCGCUUUAUUCAUAACCGCCUCGAUCUUUCGUCAAAAAGUGAAUUCUUACGAAGUUAUGUUUUUCUGGCGAUAUAGGGUAAAAGUGUGUGUUUAUGUUAAAGAAAUUUUCUUCCGAAAAGUGUUUCUUCGUUGAAUAGUGUGAAAAACGUUACGUCGUGUGGUAACAAAGUGGCGUUUCUUCCAAUCCGAAAAUCUACUGGCAGUUUGUAAAGUUUUUGCAUUCUGUCUAUGUACGGGUAAUGAAAAAGCUCCUCGCGUGAUCAGGUUUUCGUCUAGCAAUCAACUUCACAGCCUCAAUCAAGUGACAACCGAACUGUGUGGGUUUAAAAGUCCAUGCAAUUGCUUUUUGGUAAGGAGAAAAUUGGCGCACUCAACCAAACCUGCAUGUAGAAGCAAAAAAGCAGAAAAUACCACAGCUCUACUGUUAUAGUUCAAGACUUCCUAGUUCAUCGUUCCAUUCCAGCCUAAAAGUGGAGUACUCUCUUGAUUACAAGGAAUCCAGAUAUAGACUUCAUCUGGAUUCAUCUCAUGCUCAAACAAUGACCUCAACUGAUCGUCCAGCCGGAGGUGCUCUAGCAUUGCACUACGCUGCGGCUCGUGGUUGUCUGGAUUGCGUUCGCUUACUAACUGAAGCUGCACCUGACAUUAGUGCUAAUACACAAAUGGACAAUGAUGUUACGCCAGUUUACUUGGCUGCGCAGGAAGGUCACCUGGAGGUUUUAAAGUUUCUUGUCCUUGAGGCAGGUGGAUCACUUUAUGUACGAGCUCGUGAUGGUAUGGCUCCGAUUCACGCUGCCUCGCAAAUGGGUUGUCUCGAUUGCCUUAAGUGGAUGAUUGAAGAUCAGGCGGUGGACCCAAAUCUACGUGAUGGUGAUGGUGCUACACCUUUACAUUUUGCAGCAUCGCGAGGACACUUGAGCGUGGUGCGAUGGUUAUUAAAUCAUGGUGCCAAAUUGUCACUGGAUAAAUAUGGAAAAAGCCCUAUCAAUGAUGCGGCUGAGAAUCAACAGGUCGAAUGUUUGAACGCAUUGAUACAGUAUGGAAAUAAAAAAGAAGGUAACAGAGUAGAGUCUCAGGAUAAUCAAUUGAUGCCUAGUCAGCACCGCUAUGCAUUAGAAGAUGCCUAUCAGUCUCAAGCAAUGCCAGAAUCAUCAGCAAAACAGACACGAACGCGUAAAGCCUUGGUUGGGACUCAUACACACGCUGGAAAGGCAUUCACUGCUGGUCAUGAUUAUAAUCACCAUAAUAACACGAUAAAAUCGUCAAAAUCUUCAACUGGCAGCUCAGAUUCCGAGCCAUUUUAUUUACAUCCUCCAACUAUAAGUAAAACAAAGGAUGGUCUGUAUUCUCGCCUCACGCCAGAUAGCUAUUAUGACCCAGUGUUAUCAAAUGAUGGAGUCUAUGUGAAUCCUAUGCGUCAUGGGUCCACAACGCCACCCAGCCCGAGUGGCAGUGUUUCUGGAGAAUCCUUUUUUUUGCACGACCCCCAAGAUGUUAUUUACAACCGUGUCAAAGAUUUAUUUGAUGCAGAUAUUACUAUAAAGGAGGAUAAUGUCAACAAUAAUCGAUCAAUAGUGCUAGCGGAAGUACACUCUAGUAGCAGCGGAGCCGCCAGUGGUUCAGAUGAGGAUCUCUCCGUGUCUUCUUCGCAUUCCGAUGGCGAUGGCAUAGUUGGCAGUAGUGGAAUUUGUAAUGGUAGUAGUAUCGGUGGCAUUGCUAGAGAUAUAGGAGACGCAGGUGGAAAAUGUGACUCAGUAGUUGGUGUCAUCAACAACAAUCAAAAGUCAUCAAACGAUAACACAGCAAGCCAUGAGCAUGACUAUGAAGAUAUCUAUCUUAUGAGAGAUGAAACGCAGUUGGCGGGUAGUACUUCUACUAGAAAUGCAAUUGGGAGGAGCCGUUCUAGAGAUAGUGGUUCCCAUAGUCGAUCGGCGAGUGCUAGCUCAAAUAGAAGUGAUAUUGCUCUACAGCUGACUGGCAACACUAAUGAUCAGUCGCUGGUGAACAAUAAUAAGGAACAUAUGCUGCUGGCGAAACGCAACAAUUUAUUGCAUGAACAUCGACGAAACCAACAUGAGGCGAAGCUUCUUUCAAAAUCAAUGUACACCAUGGGCAAGAGCAACAUUGACCCGAGUCAAACAUUUUCUGGAGCUGCUUCGCAGCGUAAGCAUGCCGAAGACUAUCCCAUAAGUACAAUCCGUUCUUCUUGCACCAUAGAUAAUGCCUACGAAAGUGUAUGUUCACCUGAGGAUGUAUACGAGAGAACAGCAGAUAUGGAAAUUGAUGUGAAACAGCUGAAACGCUCCCAAUCUCACCAGUUUCUUAAUUUAUUAGCCAACUCUAAUAUUUCACGGGAAACAAAUGGAACAACCGUUAUUAUAAAUAGUGUCACUAACGGAACAGAUACACAUUCAACAACCAUGUCCACAUCGCCAUCAUCAGCCAAACAAAUCGAAGAAACACAAAUUGAAGGAAAAGAAAAUACAGGACCUCCACCUCCUCCACUACCACCACCAUUAAAAGCAAGCAGCUAUGGUAAUAGCGGACAUAAACCAAUUCAUGUUGCAGCUCCUGCAUCCGGCGCAACAGCACCAAUUGCAUCUUCUCGACACUCAACAGACCAGCAGAUCGGUGCAAUAUAUGGCGAACAACAAAAGUACCUGAAUGGUAUACACAAAUUCGUUCUUUUCCGUGAAGGAGACAGUCACGAAGAAUGCGCAGAAUUGAACAGAUCACAACAUCAUGAUUCAGAUUCUGGACUAGAAGUAUUAGAAGAAUCUACUCUCAAACCAUCAGAUCUGAUUCGUGGGAACCACAAUCGUAGCAUGUCAACUAUUACAGCGAAUAAGAAAGCCAAACUAAUUCAAGCCAACGGCAGUGGUGAAGGUAAUGGUGGUGGAUACAACCUACAUAGUCAAUGUGCACCUGAAAAUAGCUCACCAUACGGCUCCAAGGCAUCCCGCGCCGCACCAGUAGCGUCAGUCGACGUCCAGCUCUGCCAUCAGCAACAUCACCAUCAACCGCGGCUUGUUAACGUCCAGCCAGUAACACCAAACAACCUUCAGCAUCAGGGACCAAACUUGGUGAAUAAGCAGUUGGUCCUACCAUUUGUGCCACCCAGUUUUCCAAAUGGUACAAGUGACGGCUCGAACCAUCUGAUCAAACCAUCAGAAUAUUUAAAAAGCAUCAGUGACAAAAAAUCAAAUGCAGGCUCGCAAAGAUCAUCUGAUACUGAGGAAUAUAUGCCAUUGAACACUGCCCUCAUUGUGCAGGCGGGAUCGGAGCCGCCGAAACCGCCCCCGCCACCACCAGCGCCCCCUCUUCUCAACCUCAAUAACGCUACAAUCGCUGGCACGGCAACCCUAAACUCCACUCUGCCGCAUAACAAUACAGCAGGCGGGACCCGAUUAGGCGAACCAGCAUCCAGCGAGAAGGCACAACGCAGCGGAGUGCAUCCACCGCCUCCUCCACCACCCCAAGACACAAAUAUUCGCAAACUACACCAGCCGCUCUCGGCCAUUUCUAUUCAAGACUUAAACAGCGUUCAGCUACGACGGACUGACAAGAUGCUCGCCAAAACUUACUCAGCUCCAACACGCAGUAUAAGCAUGCAGUGUUUAUCAAGCACCACCGAACAAUUCCUUUCUCAGAAGACCGACCUAAUAGCUGAGUUAAAGUUAUCGAAGGACAUUGCUGGAGUGAAGAAGAUGAAAGUGGAGCGAGCUAAACUCGAAGAUCGCCAAGCGACUGAAGUUUACUCAGAAGUAACACGUCAGUUCACCGCUCAGAACUACGUCGAUCAGCCUUAUCAUACAGCUGAUAAGAUUUUUCAGGUACCUGAGCGCGAUAAUGCUGGAAAUGUAAUUCCCGAUUGGAAGCGUCAGAUGUUAGCAAAAAAAGCGGCAGAAAAGGCUAAAAGAGAGUUUGAAGAACGGUUGGCGCGAGAGGCUGAGGAUCGUCGAUUGUCAGCGAUUCCGAAAUGGAAAAGAGACCUCAUUGCACGCAAGGAAGAAGCAGAAAAUAAAUUGAAGUCAUCAAUAUAUACGCCAAAAGUAGAGGAGUUGCCGCGCCGAUCAGAUUCAUGGCGCACCCGGAUCACUCAAAGGGCCAUGUCGAUCGACAAUAUUAGUUCAUACGGCUCAGAAUCAGAAAUGGGUCUGCUGCGCUAUAAUAAGGAGAACCAAUAUCAAUUCCAAGCUUCCAAUUCUUCAGGAUCUGGAUAUUUUGGACAAGGAAGCGUUAGCACUGGUAAAAUAAUGCACGGUGUUUCGGGAGGCACUGUAAGUCACCAAAUACCCGGCAACGGCAGGCGUUGUUCUAUAGAAAAUAUUAGCAAUGCAAAGCUCGAAGGCGGAACUGCUCACGGAUAUCACCUACCUGAUGUAACAUCACCCACACAGUGUGAUUCUGUGUGUGGUAAUGAGGACAACGAUGACAGUGAGCAGAUUAUCCCGUGGCGAGCUCAUCUCCGGAAAACUAAUAGUCGACUCUCUCUCAUUGGCUAAGUGCUGUUUUAUGAAUAAACCUGUAAUAAACGAAACUGGAGACUAAAAAGAAGGUAGAGAACAAAAACGAAAUUUUACCAGGCGUCCAUUUUGCCUAUAGUCAUCUUAUAGGGUUUCCUAAGGUUUUUAGUUGCUUCCCGAAUUUGUUUGGUUGCUUCCCAUAUAUUUUUUGUCUGUUUUCUCUUAACGAUGUGUUCUCUGUUACGAUUUUUGUACAUUCCUCUUAAUUGUUUGGUUCAAUUGUAUUGAUGUUCAAUGGGUGUUGAUGUUCAAUUGGGGGUAUGAACCAAACAUCUAUGGGAAAUGGUUAAUAAAUCGUGAGACAAUCCCAAACAAUUACGGGCGCCAAUCAAUAAAUUGUGGGAAACCCUGUUCAAAUUUGUUACACGAUUCUCUACAACUUAUGCAUGUAAGAAGGUUUUCAUAGAAAGCAUUGUACGUGGCGGGUUUAACAGUAAGCGGACUAAGAGAAUGCCAAGGGUUAUCCCGCCUUUUUGUGCCCCGAAGAUAUUAAGUCCAGCAUAUGUUUUCCAUAUAGUCUCUGAAGGUUCUGUAGUUGAAUUCCAGUUGAAAAAAUAGUAGUUGUGACUCACCUUUACUACGAAUAAUUGAUAAACAACAACAACAACAACAACAACAAUAAUAAUAAUAAUAAUAAUAAUAAUAAUAAUAAUAAUAAUAAUAAUAAUAAUAAUAAAACUAUUGCACUUACAAACUACUAUUCAUACAGUCGCAAAUCAGUCCUAAGCUAAUGCAUUUACUUAUUCACUACAGUAAUAAGUCGCACUUAUCAACGCACCUCCCUCCCUUCCUCGUUUUUAAUAUUCUAUUAACCGUUUGGACCUAGACACCCUAAACUCGCCACUGUACUGUUUAUAUGUAAUAGUUGUAAGAUAGAACAAAUAGUUUAAUAGAAAUGGAAAAAGACUUCGAUGAACUGAUGUAGAAAUUAAGAAAAGAAGGAAAAAACAGAGGAAUAUCAAAAAAGAAAACUAAUAACCUAAGAUUUCGUUUGCAAUAUUAUCAUCAAUGAUGUACUUGUUACUAUAAAUGUCAUCAUAAUUAUUGUUACUUUAUUAUAAUUAA